AUGUGGAGAACCGGCCUCCUCUACCUCGACCGCGGGGACAGCUCCAUCCUCAACGCCCUGCGCAAUGCGGGGUACGACACUCAACAACAGCCCGGCACUCCUUCACGAUCCCCUUCCCGGCGCUUCUCAAUGGCGAGCGACACGGAAAGCGCCCUCGAGGGCAAGCUCAAGCACGAAAUGCGACAACAACAAGGCGUCCAGCACUGGGUCAUGCCACCGGAAGUCAACGGCCUGAAGUUUGCCAGUCCCCGCGCCAGCCCGCGCACAAGAGCGAUUGAUCCAGCCGAUGCCCUGGGCCUCUCCACCGACGCCACCCUCUUCGAAGAGCCCCUCCUCUACUCGCUGGAUCGAAUAAAGGAAGACGGCCCCUCGCCCGACUACUUCUCCUACGACGACCUCGCCAAGUCGCCCUCGCUCAAAGGCGACAGCGAAGAAGCUGUAUCCGUCACCAAGCGCCGCCCCUCCCACCUCCGCACACCCUCCACACCCACCAUCGAAUCACGUCUCGCCACCGCCAACGCGCAGGACCAGAACCCCCGCCACCACAGCCCGACCACCCGCUCCCUCCACCCAUCCACCCCCAAGAAGCUGCCAAAGAAGACCGGGCCGACCUCGGCUAUCCAACAAGAGCGGGAUUUGGAGUACAAGCACCGCCACACAUUCAUAGGCACCGCAUCCCUCGACGACUUCCUCGAGGUUCUCGACGUAUCGCCCGAGAACAACAUCACAAACAAAGAAGCAGUAAUACGCGCCUUCAUCCUGCUAGCCUCCAGCGAACGACUCCUAGCCCGACAAGCCUCCCUCAAGCCCGAUGGCUGGAGCGUCCUCGCGCGCACAUCAGCAGACACCGUCAACACCGACUACGUCGAGCAAGCCCACGCCAAGCUCGGCUCCAUUGUCCUCCGCCAAUUCCUCGACCUCAUCACAUUCAACGAGGAAGAAGAGGCCAACGCCAUGGCCGUCGUCGAAGCCUUCACCGCCGCAAGUCAUCUGGAUGCACAAGCGAGCAAAAACCAAGCGAGCAAGGCCAAAGCCUUUCGGAAGCGAAUGGUAAAAGACGGAGCAGCGCAACCCCAAUAG